GUCCGCCGUGAGCGACAGACACGCCGCAGUCGACCCGUUCGAGCCCGCUCGCCCGCUCUGAUUCGAUUACAUCCGAUCGGGCUCCGAUCCGCAGCCCCGCCCGUGGAGCACUCCGCCGGAAGGACUGCAGUCCGGAGUUACUAGACCCAAAGAGGUGGCCAGUAGGUCAGCCAACGCGUACCAGCCCCUUGGUGCCCGAGAUUCCGCGUGGUUCGUGUGUGUGGCGAGGGAAAGUGGCGAAAGCAGGGGGCAGUACGUGCCGCCAUCAGGAUUUUGCGAGUGCGCCGGGUAACGUGAGACGGGAAACGGAAAACGGGAACUCCGGAAAACAACCUGAAAUCCAUUUGCCGCAAUUUGAGGCAGCAGCGACAACAACAUGUGUAAGCGCUAACGAGCGCGAGAACGCGAACAUUUUGAUUGAUUUUGAUUGACAUGCCACUCAACGCAUGCCACCCACUGCGAAAAAGUGACAGAAAAUAAAAAAGGGGAGUAAAAAUAAAGCAAGCACCCAGCUCGAGGAACAAAAACAUCGCCCCAAGUAUUCCACCAAAUAAAACCAAACAAAUAGCUAGCAAAUAUUGAAUCGUUUGGAGCGCUUUCGGGUCUAAAAAAUAAUUGCCUCGAGGGCUGUCAGCGAAAGUGCCAGCCAAACAGGAAAAACUACCCGCCACACAGGCCCAGAAACAAAAUGCAAUCAAAUCAAGGCCCAUAAAAACCGCACAAAACACGCUCGCAUAAAGGAAAGAAAAGCCAGUCGGAAAAUAAUACAAAAAAUAAUAAAACCCACAGCAUCAGGCGGCUAAUCAACUACAACAAAAUAACAAAAAAUAUACACAUAUAAAAAACGCUGAGUUUGGUAACUGUUUUUUUCGCCUCAGUCGGAUUUCCUGCUCCCUUGCUGUGUCAGUGAAGUGGUGUGUUUCAUUCGUGUGUCCUUGUGCGUGUGUUUCUGUGCGCUGCGUAUCAAAAAAGGAUAAAAUAUGCCGGCAUUGAUUUUACCCUGCGACAACAACACCAUCGGCUGAGCAGCAGCCAGGACGGCAACAACUUUCAUAAUAAGGAACGACGAGGGAAAGUUGCAGGAGUCGAGGGCAAAGUUUUCGGACAUUUUCGGUUUUGUUGGGCCACUAAGCCGCGGAUGAUUAAAACGAUAAAAAGAUUCCCCAACUAUUUGGAAAGCUUAAAAGAAACCAGCGUUCAACGACACACAAAACAACUUCGACAAGAACACCCGGCAAAUGCAUUACAUUAUAAUUUCAUUAAGGACAAAAGCCUUUCUCCGCCGGCAGUGAAACAACGUUGCCGGGAGAUAAUAGGGGAGAAGUGGGAGCCAAGAACGCGGAGAAAGGCGUGCGGAGAAAGUCGGAAAGCCGCAAAAGGCGACAAUAGCCCCCGAGCCCAUUGCCUACUUCUGGGCGCUGUCAAGCGAAAAUCAAGGGCCUGGCGUUUUUAUGAAAUUAAUACAAAGGACGUCGCUGAAGCCGUAGAACUGAAAGUGGAAGCGGAAGCGGCAGCCAUGACAAAAGCUGCGGCGACAGGACAAUGAUGGGCGGCACUCUGAUAGCGAUUAAAGUGGGAGUAGCGCUGCUUUUAUGGCCCGACAAUCCUGCUCCUCGAGUAGACGUGACAGCCUCCGAUCGGCUAAUAAUAUUUACCCGCGGAGAGAGCGCCGCUGCAUAAUUUGACAUGCCAACGUGAGCCAGCUGGCGCAAAAUAUUUACCAACGAGCGGGAGUUCCCGAGAACGAAACUUAGAAAAAUCUCUGAAGAAAGGAGCAGGCCACUUGAGACAAUGAGGGCUCUGCCAAUCUGGAUAUCAAUCCUCACCCUGCUAGCCCCAAGCCUCGCCUGUCCGCCCGAGGUGUGUGUGUGCAAGUGGAAGGGCGGCAAGCAGACGGUGGAGUGCGGCGGCCAGCAGCUCUCCAACCUGCCCGAGGGCAUGGACCCGGGCACCCAGGUGCUCAACUUCAGCGGCAAUGCCCUGCAGGUCCUGCAGUCGGAGCGGUUCCUCCGGAUGGACCUACUCAACCUGCAGAAGAUCUACCUGUCGCGCAACCAGCUGAUCCGCAUCCACGAGAAGGCCUUCCGUGGCCUUACCAACCUGGUGGAGCUGGACCUCAGCGAGAAUGCGUUGCAGAACGUGCCCAGUGAGACGUUCCAGGACUAUAGCUCCCUCAUGCGCCUAUCGCUAAGUGGGAACCCCAUCCGGGAGCUGAAGACCUCGGCCUUCCGCCACCUGUCCUUCCUCACGACCCUUGAGCUGUCCAACUGCCAGGUGGAGCGCAUCGAGAACGAGGCAUUCGUGGGUAUGGACAACCUGGAGUGGCUGCGGCUGGAUGGCAACCGGAUCGGGUUCAUCCAGGGGCCGCACAUCCUGCCCAAGUCGCUGCACGGCAUCAGUCUGCACAGCAACCGGUGGAACUGCGACUGCCGCCUGCUGGACAUCCACUCCUGGCUGGUCAACUACAACACCCCGCUGGCCGAGGAGCCCAAGUGCAUGGAGCCGGCGCGGCUGAAGGGCCAGGUGAUCAAGGGUCUGCAGCGUGAGCAGCUGGCUUGCCUGCCGGAGGUGAGUCCCCAGUCGAGUUACACGGAGGUCAGCGAGGGCAGAAACAUGUCCAUUACCUGCCUGGUAAGGGCCAUCCCGGAGCCGAAGGUCCUCUGGCUGUUCAACGGCCAGGUGAUGAGCAACGACAGCCUGGUGGACAACCUGCACAUGUACUACUACAUCGACGAGACCAUCGGAGUGAGUGGCGCCGAGGAGAAGCGCAGCGAGAUCUUCAUCUACAACGUGGGGGCGGAGGACAACGGCACUUUCUCCUGCGUGGGUCAGAACAUCGCUGGCACCACCUUCAGCAACUACACGCUGAGGGUGAUCAUCAAGGAGCCGCCGGUGGUCAACGAGGUCUCCUUUCCCAGGGACUACAUGAACUAUAUUGUGGCCAGCAGUGCCGGCGGCGGCAUCAUAUUCGUGGUGCUACUCUGCACCAUUGUGGUCAAGUGCAAGAAGACCUCGGAGCCGGCCAAGCAGCGCAAAAAGUGCGACCAGGUUACGAGCAUCGCCGGUGGCACGGACUCCUCGACGGGCAGCACCCAGGACACGGGCAUGGGCAUGAUGAAGUGCGCCUCGAUCCUGAACGACGGCGGGGACAGUCUUAACGGGAAUGCGGGACUCCUGCUGAGCGACACCAUGACACCCACCAAGGCGGCGAACGGGGCGGCUGGCGGAGGCAUUAUCCUGGGCAAUCAGAUGAAGCAGAACCUCCUGCUGUACGCCAGCCCCAAUCCCGGCCAGCAGCAGCAGCAGCUACAGCUGAAUGUCAACCUGAUGGGUACAGGACCUGGCUCACCCCCACUGCUCCUGAGCAACGGCCAUGGCUUGGCGGCCGCCUACUGCUCACCCCCCGCAUCCCUGAGGAACUACCAGGAGAAGAACCCGGACCUGGUCAACGAUGCGGAGAGCGUGAAGCACAAGCUCAAAACGGCGGUGAGUCUGGACGGGGCCGGGGAGUACGAGACCCAGAGUGACUGCGGGCAGUAUGAGGGCUGCUACCAGCUGGCGGCGGCCCCACAUCCGCACCCGCAUCCGGGACACCAGCACCCGCAACCGGGUCACCCGCUGAUGGGUCGCUUUGCCCAUGCGAUGACCACCCUGCCGCGCGGCAUGCAACUGAAGCCGGCUCCCCACCAGGUCGAUGUGCACCUGAAUCCGGUGUGCUUCCUGGGCCAGGAUGGAUCCUUCGCCUACGACUACAGCAGUGCCCACCUGGUACAGCAGCCACCGCAGCAGCAGCAGCAACAGGUGCAGCCUGCCGCCAACUUCUACCGCACCUUGCCGCACAACCGGCUGCACAAACAGCAGCAGUUCCAGGCGGCGGCUGCGGCCGGCGGCAAUGUGGGUGGUGGCAAUCCCACCCUGCGCUACAGCCUGGAGGCCGAAUUCAUCCAGAGGGGACCGACGGUGAGCUACGAGAAGUACCAGCAGCCCAACGUGCGCUUCACGGCGGAGGGCUAUCCGCAACAUCAGCAGCAGCAGCAACAGCAGCAACAGUUGCAGCUGCAACACCAGUUUCCCUCGCCACCAGAGGGCUACAAGAGCGAUCUCGCGGUGAUGCCGGCCCCCUUUCAGCAGUGGCCCAGCUGUCUGCCCGGCUACCGCUUCGCCCAGUCACCCACCAGCCAGCCGGCGGUUGCCACACCAGCAGCCGCAGCGGUGGCAGCCCCAGGACCGCCAUCCUCGUCAGCCGCAACCACACAAUCCACCAUCCCGGAGCUGGACGAAAGCGAGGCGAGUUCGCCGCGCCUCGAGGAAGCCGCCGCCGCCGGGUCUGCGGCGUCACCUGGCGGCGAGGAGGAGAACCCGGACACCGCGAAACUCAAGCAGCUUAAUGGACCGCUGGCCGACAGUCCCGACGAGGGCUACGUGGGCGACGGCCAGGAGACCAGCGACAUUUGACCCGGCCAGCAGCCAGCAGCCCGACAGGAGGAAGCGGCCUUAGACGAUUCAGUGGCUCUGUAAAUGGCCAGGCUGAUCAGCAAACCAAACCACUCAUAACUUAAGUUCCGUCCCCUGACUUUCCUUUACUUACAUUUCCCUUUUCUGUUUGUUGGUUUGCCCGCAAAGAACAGACAAACAAAAGGCAGAGUUUAACCUAAUAAUUGGCGGAAGGAGAAAUGCCAGUCCGAAAAGGAGAAGGCCCAGAAAACCAAAUAAAAAAAGAGGGCAAGCCGAAGUUCAAACACCCAGAAUUUUCAGUUUCACAUUGGUUUCUGAAAAUAUCCAUGAAAUUCGCGAAAAAUAUAGGCAAAAUUACCUACACAAUUUUAAAAAAAUCAAGCACUUACUUCCAGAUGGCAUGUGAAAAGGUUGAGACGAGGGUUUCUUAGGGCUGGUUAACAGAUAGAGAUGAGCUUAAAUCACCUCAGUACUAGAAUUCAGUCAGAAGACCCCUACUGUGACACUUCAGAUAUCAUAUUUUGGAUAAAUUUGUAGUCUUCUCCUUCCGAAAUCCCUCUUUUUUCCAGGACUCCUUGCGGUUAGGGUAUUUGGCGAAACAAAGGCGGGCCUAACCUAAUAAAGCCGAAAAACAAAGACGCCGCUAAACAAAA